AUGGUCAUAAAUAAGAGUGGUGUGAAUAUGAUGAGAGAACCAAAAUAUAUGAUUCAAAAUUUUUUUAAGAUAAAUGAAACAAAUAAUAAAGAAGAAAACGAUUUAAAGUGUUUACACAAAAAUAGUUAUAAACAAAAUAAGAAAAAACAAACUUCUAGAAAUCGAAUUAAAUAUUUAACAUAUACAGAUAAUGAAAAUAUAUCCAAUUUUUAUUCAUGGCCUUGUCAUUUUGUAUAUUUUCGGAACCAAACAGAUACUAAAAUUAAAUGCACUAAAAAUAAACAUAUUAAAAAUGAUGAAAAUAAAAUGAAAUACCAUUUACUUCGUUUUUCAAGCUUAACAAAUAUUAAUAAAUCGGCUAGCCAAAUGUUACAUUAUGACAACAUGAUAGAAAAAAAUAUGUCAAAAGAUGAUUCUACAAAAUAUGAUUCCACAAAAGAAGAUUCCACAGAAGAAGAUUCUACAAAAGAUUCUGCAAAAGAAUUGUGUGAGCCUCAUAUAUAUAGUAAUGAAAAAAAGAGAAAAGGAAUUUUGAAAAUUGAAAAAUGGAAUAAAAAAGAAAAAAAAACAGUUCGCAUAAAUAUAUGUUGUGAUAAUAAUAAUGAUAAAAUUGGGGAAUGUUUUAUUUUAGUAGAUAAAAAUGAAUUAAUUCAACCCCAAAUAAAGAGUGCCGAUAAUUGUAGUUUGUCACAAAUAAAUUGUAAAUUAUACAAUAAAAAUAAGAGUAUUAUAAAUAUUUGUGAAAAUGAUGAAAGGCAAGGACUAAUUAGUAAUAGUAGUUAUGGGGAUGGUUUUACUUAUAGUGAUUUAGAUGCAUAUAUGGGUGAAUAUAUGGAUAAUAUAGAAAAUGAUUCUUCAAUGGGUUCAUUUGAUUUAGAACCAAUACAUCUAGCUAGUAAUGAUGGUAACAUAGAAUUAAUAAAAUAUUUAUUAAAGUCUGGAAUAGAUAUAAACAGUAAAACAAAAGUAAGAAAAUAUACAGCAUUACAUAUAUGUGCAUCUAAAGGAGAUAUAAAUACAGUAAAAUUUUUAGUAAAUAAUAAUGCAGAUAUAAAUGCAUUGACAUACAAUAAUGAAACAGCAUUAUGGUUUGCAUCUAUUUCAAAUCAUUUAAACGUAUGUAAAUAUUUAUUAGAAAAUGGGGCAUUAUUAUAUUUAAAUAAAAAAGGAGAUUCAGCUUUACAUGCUGCAUCAACUAUGGGUAAUUAUGAAAUCGUAAAAUUGUUAAUAGAUAAUUCAGCUAAUAUUACACAUUUAGAUGUAAAUUUGUUAGAACCCAUACAUUAUGCAUCUUUUGAAGGACAUAAAGGAAUUGUAAAAAUAUUAAUGUAUAAACAAAUCGAACAAACUUUAAAAGAAACCAUGAAUAAAAUUAUAUAUAAUAUGAAAAAAUAUAAUGUCUAUACAAAAAAUCUAGAAACUUAUUACUAUUUUAAAUAUAAAUCAAUUAUUAAAAAAAAAAUAAUAAGUAAAGUGUUAUGUUGUGCUAUAACAUCAAGAAGCUAUAAAUUAGUAAAAUAUAUUUUAAAUAAAGGAACAGAUGUAAAUUAUUUUGAUAUACGCUUACAACUAUUUCCAAUACAUGCUGCUGCAAUAUCAGGAAAUAUAAAAAUAUUUAAAUUUCUAAUUCAAAAAGGAGCAAAUUUAUUUGCUAAAACCCCUUGUAAUAAUUUGGCUAUAAAUUUAGUUGAAAAUGUAAAAUUAAGACAAUAUAUUUUACAACAGUCUCGAAAAAUAAAUUUAAGAAAUGCAUGGAUAAUACGAAAUAAAAAAUCUGAUCAUAUAUUUUCACAUUUAUCAUAUGAUACCUUUUAUCAUACAUGUUUAUUUUUCUAA